GGAAGAACAAAUCACACAGUUACUAUUAUUAUUAUUUGUCCUCGUCCCGUACCGACACGGUGCUCUGCGGACGUGUAGUACGGAUGUGGUGUCUCCCUAACGUGAAAGCAUACCCAUCGUUUCCUACCCUUGUGUGUGUGUGUGUGUGUAUUCCCCGCAUAGAACACUCAGCAUAGAACUGACCAACGCAUUCCGCUUUCUUUUCCUUUUAGCAGUUGGGCUGGAGGAGAGGCACCCCAUCGCGCUCUGCUCAAAAGUUGCAUCGGUAUGAGUAGCGGGAGCUCUUCCAACGUAUCGGAGGUGGAGUCGACGCACACGCCAGCUCGCCCAGCCCACAACGAUCAGCCACAGACGCCGUCCCGGACGACUUCCUCUCCAUCACGCACACCACCCGAGAACGCCGGGGAGUCGAGGACGUUGCGCCACGUAGAAUCUACGGCGCAGCAACCACAGCGUCAGCGCAUAGCAACUGCACCACUUACGGUCAACACAUCCCGUGCACCUCAUCCUCCUCCUUCUCCAAUCGUCGAGGAUGCAUCAACAGGGAGCCCUCGCAGCGCUCCUCGCGCGUCGACCGCUGUGCAAGACGGUGCGUCCCUCUCGGUCAGCUUGUCAGCUGCGCCGCCUCCAAGUGAGUUGCAGGUAGUGGCCGAUCUACGUAGUGAGCUCUUCCACAUCUCCCGUCAACUCGCACAGGUACGUCAGCAGGCCCGUGCGGUCGAGGAGGCGCGCAGCGACCUUCGGCAGAAGUGCCAAGGCUUGGAGGCGGAGAAGCAGGCGCUCGCGCUGGACCUGCAGGGCGCACAGGAUCGUCUGCGGGUUUGCCAGACGCGUCUAGACGAGCACCGUCGUGAGGCGGCGGAUGAAAAGCUGAGAGUCCUCUCCCUCACGGCGGAGCGCGAUGAGCUGGAUGCGAAGGUGCAGGAGGCGUGGCACCGGGUGGUUGAGCUGGGCGCCGCCCUGCAAGGUCAACAAGGGGAAGUGAAGAGGUUACAAGAGGCAGCCGCGGAGGCGCGUCACGAGAAGGAGUUUAUCGCGCAGCAGCAGACCGCGUUGCAGAGUCAGCUGCACCUUCUUCAGGAACAGUUGAGCGCGGAAGGGGUGGACGUGCGCGCGCACGCGGCGGCGCGUGAGCGACUGACCACCGCCUUGCACGAGGCCGUUCAGCGACUGGCGGGUGUUCUCAGCGACGUCGCGUACGACUACCAGCGAAGCGUGGCGCACAACGACGAGCCUUUUCACGGCAGCCGGCAGAGCGCAAAGGAGCUCUUCCGCAUCACCGGCGCCGCAGAAGACGCCGGAGAUGCCCUGGCGGGUGCAGGCGGUGUGAACCCGCCUCACGUAGUCCUCUUUUCCGCCUCCCGAUCGCCACCAACACCAACUCCCACCGACACCGCCGCCGCUCCUUCCUCUUCUUCCGAGACGGCUCGUCUACACGCCGAGCGGCUCCUGCAUAACGCAGAGGCGGUCGUGUGGGGAGAUGCGUCGGACGGUCCUGCAGAGGCGACGCCGACGUCUGUCCGCCCUUCGGCAUCGGUGCAGCAGCACGACGUGCAGCAGCAGCAGCCGGGCGAAGAUGCCGCUUCGGCCACCCCGCCAGAAUUUAAAUCUCCGUCCUGGACGCGGCAGUUUAUGAUCGAGCGCCGGCGAGCAACGUCGCCCUCCACUACGCCGUCGAGUGCUGCGCUGUCCGAGCAGGUCUUCCUGCGCACCGCCCUCUCCCCGAUCCUGCUGGCGAUGAAGCACGUGGCGGCGAUGCUGGGCACGGUCCGGCACGAACACCGUCGCACCGUGGCGGCGGCCGAACACUUCCAAACGCGCUACGAAGAAACACAGAAGGAACUGGAGGCGGCGCAGAGGGCACUGCGCGAGCAGGAGACACAGUCCGGUGCAUCUCGCGGGUUGGUGCUGCAACUCCAGCAGAAGGCGCAGCAGGCCGACGAUGCGCUGCAGCGGCACACGAGUGAGGAGGCGCAACGGCGAGCUGCGCUGGCGAGCGUGCUGCGGUGCCGCGAGGACUGGGCGCUCAUUCAGCACUCGGUGGAGCGGCUGCUAGGGCAGCACGCCGAACUGCAGAAGGACUUGGAUCAGUUGGAAGCAGCCCGCAGCAUGAAGCAGGAGGGUGUGCAAAGAAGCGGCGCAGACACCGAAGUCUUCAGAGGGGUGCGUCUCGGACCGCAAGAGGACGAAGAACAGCAGCGGCGGCAGACGCCUCGUGGAAGAGAUGACUCCAGGGAGGGAGCCAGCGAUGGGCGGCACAGUCAGCACAGGCAACAGCAGGCGGACAUGAAAGAUGACACGCCUCCUUCUCUACCCGAUCCACCAUUAUCUCAACAGCUUGAUAGAGGUGGCGCAGCAGCAGCAGAUGGUGACACGGACACAGGGCAGACUUUGGAGCCGGCUGAAGUGCCCAGCGAAACCUUCGCGGAGGCCCGGCAUUACAAAGCUUCACAGGCGCCACCUCUCCCCCUUCCUCCCUCUGCAGCGUCGCUGGUGGACACGCCAACCCCUAUCGUGCGGCAUAGCAUCUACGCAGCAACGCCGGAGAACGGUGCGAUCAACGCCUCUCUGGAAAGCCAGCCGGUGAUGCCUUCUCGCCGGCCCGUGAGUCGCACGUACCCGGCUUCAUUACCCGAAGCACCGUCAGCCUCAUUCUCCUCCUCUCCCGCUGCGCGUCCACCGCUGCCCACCGCAGCCACGACGACAGAGCGCAUGUUGCUCUACUCCCUUUACGGAGACGUGCGGAAGCAGCCGCAGCCGCAGCCGCCGUCCCAGCCGCACGGCCCGCCCUCCCCGCCGCCACUUCCCGUCUCCCCUUCUGCCGUUCCCUCACGGCAGCGGAGUCACACGUACGGCCAUGCCUACGACGGCGGCAGCAAAGGUGAUAGCGACAACAACCACAGUGGCAGUGGUGGCAUCAAUCAGUCGUCCGUGUUUGCGGCGGAGGUGCUGCAGGUGAUCGAGGCACUGGACCGGCGUGUGUCGGGUGCCUUACGCCGCGCACCGCAUUCCUGA